UCAUUACUCAGGGUGUAGAGUUAAAGCAAACUUUCUCAGAAAUCAGGCUCUCAUUCAGACGCAGAACUGAGAGAUAAGCCACCUCAUUACACCGCUAAUUAAAGGACCAGCUCUUCAAAUGGACUGAAGCUCCCAGACAGCACACCAUCACAAUGCCAUUGAGAUCGACUUGCUGUACGGUGUUACGGAUCGUUGGCACAACUGUUUUCGCCUUAGCCGUCUUAUUGUCUAUCCUCUCCGCCUAUAUCACUGGGUACCAGUUCAUUCACACUGAGAAGCAUUACCUCUCUUUUGGACUGUAUGGAGCCCUUCUUUUCCUUCACCUUUUCUGCCAAAGUUUGUUUGCCUACCUGGAACAUCGACGGAUGAGGAAGGAACCCAAGCCAGAGACUUACAACAAAAGAGUGGCCCUCUGCAUUGCUGCCUAUCAGGAGGACCCGGAUUACCUAAAAAAAUGCCUGCAGUCCAUCAAGAGAAUUUCCUUCCCUAAUCUCAAGGUGGUCAUGGUAGUAGAUGGCAAUAAACAAGAUGAUGAGUACAUGAUGGAGAUUUUUAAUGAGAUCAUGGGCUUUGAACAGACUGGCACCUUCAUCUGGAGUGGCAACUAUCAUACGCUUACAGAAAAGAGCAGAAAGCAGACCUUGACGGAGGAGUGCAGUCUGGUGAGAGACAUUAUCAGGAACUGCAACUACUCAUGCAUCAUGCAGGAAUGGGGAGGCAAGCGUGAAGUCAUGUACACUGCCUUCAAAGCCCUGGGGGACACUGUGGAUUACAUCCAGGUGUGUGAUUCAGAUACGGUCCUCGAUCCAGCCUGCACCAUGGAAAUGAUUAGAAUCCUGGAGACGGACCCCAAAGUAGGUGGAGUUGGUGGAGAUGUUCAGAUUUUAAACAAGUAUGAUUCCUGGAUUUCUUUCUUAAGCAGUGUGCGUUACUGGAUGGCUUUUAACAUUGAGCGAGCCUGCCAGUCUUACUUUGGCUGUGUUCAGUGCAUCAGUGGACCCUUAGGGAUGUACCGUAACUCACUCCUCCAGCAGUUCCUCGAAAAAUGGUACAAUCAGACAUUCCUCGGAAGUAAAUGCAGCUUUGGAGAUGACCGUCAUCUCACAAACAGAAUCCUCAGUUUGGGCUACAAGACCAAAUUCACAGCCAGGUCCAAGUGUCAGACAGAGACACCUACCAAAUAUCUGAGGUGGCUAAACCAACAGACUCGAUGGAGUAAGUCCUACUUCCGCGAAUGGCUUUACAAUGCCUUGUGGUUUCAUAAGCACAACCUGUGGAUGACCUACGAGUCUGUGGUUAUUGGUUUUUUCCCAUUUUUCCUGAUUUUCACUGUGAUCAGUUUAUUCUACAGUGGUCGCAUUUGGAAUAUUUUGCUUUUCUUGCUCACUGUGCAGAUUGUUGGCAUGAUCAAGGCCACAUAUGCUUGCUUUCUUCGUGGAAAUAUCAUAAUGAUUUUUAUGUCUCUUUAUUCACUCCUUUACAUGACCAGCCUUCUCCCAGCUAAAAUUUUUGCUCUUGUUACCAUCAACAAAGCCAGCUGGGGCACAUCUGGUCGCAGAAAAAUUGUGGUCAACUUCAUUGGACUCAUCCCGGUCUCUAUUUGGGCUGCUAUCUUACUAGGGGGACUGGCCUACACCAUUUAUUGGGAAACUCAAGAUCCAUUCAGUGAAACUGAACAAAUUUUCCUUAUAGCAGGAGCCAUCCUGUAUGCCUGCUACUGGAUUAUGCUUUUAAUCCUCUACUUUGCAAUUGUAGCAAAACAUUGCAAUAAGAAAGAAGAGCAGUACAACCUGCCAUAUGCUGAAACGUAAAUAAUUGGUGCUAUUUGUGACAAGAUCUCAAUCUUUUUUGGACAAUGCAAUAAACUCUUCUCAGUCUAAAGCACAUACUGUAUUAAGGAAGGGAGAAACAACUUGGCCUUAAUUCAUAAACAGAGGGUACUGCUGCAAAAUACAUGUGAGCAAUUUCAAGAGUAUAGUGCACAGCACACAUGAAGUCCUAUGAAUUGUAAUUAAGAAUUAAUAUAAUAUUCUCAGCUGAUUCUAGCAGAACUGAGAACAAGACACGAACCAACCCUAGGCAGGGCACCCAUCUGUGGCAGUAGAAAUGUAACAUUCAAUAUUUGAACUUCUUGACGGUGCCUAAUUAGUCCUUUCAGAGGCAGUAAACUAUAAUGAUAAUUACACUUUUCUCUGAACUGUGUGUUCAUCAAUGACAUCAGAUUGCCCUUUUAUGAAACAGAUAGGAAAUCACUUCAGAGCGCUUAAACAUAUUUGAUUAACAAAUUACUAUAGAACGGAAGAGUCAUCUUCUGGCACCAAACAUUGGUUUUUAAAUUCUAAAAACAGCAUGCAUCUUUCAGUCUUUCCAGACAUUUUUAUCAACUAUUCAUAAAAUGCUGAAUGACACCUGACCUCUAUAGUUUCACUAACUGCUUGAAACUUCAGCUGAUUAACUGUCCACGCCAUUCAGAUGUUUGCAAAUUCUCCAUUCAUCCACAAAAGUCAUCCUAGAUCAAAUACCAAUUUAACACAAUACAUAUAAAAAACAAAGUUUGAAGUGGAACACCAAUUACUAGUAAAUCACUGGACUACACACGGGGGUCAAUUCUCAACUCCUCCUUUUCGUGUACAGUUUCACAGGGAUUCUAGCAUAUCCUAGAUGCAUCAGGCACAACUAACAAUGAACAUGAUACCAAACCAUCUUAGGGAAUGAACUUAAAAAGCUCAUCUCCUUCAAGUCAAUUUAUCCAUCCAUUUUCUUGGUUAUAAGGAACCAAAGCAUGUCCUGGACGUUUUUGGCAUAAGGAGAAGCAGCCAAAAUUUUUAAACCAAAAUUAACUGACAAUACACAUCUCUGGAAGAUUUUUGCCUGUGUUUGGGUGGGUGAUGCUUCCUCCAUGAAAAUAUACAAACUGCAAUAGUGGUUUACCAGUGCAGUGCCACUGUGUUGCUUGAGUUCAUGAUUAAUUCAGUUAAGUGAACUACAGCAUUACAGGCCCAAUACAAACUUAAUUCAUUAAUUUUCUGAUGCUUCUUUGUCCGUUGUGUUGCCAUGGUGGGCCAGUUUUUGCUGGUAGCAUUGAGAGCAAGACAUAUUUGAGCCCUGGAUUGGAUGCCAGUGCAUUGUAGGACUCACAAAAUAACCAGAAUGGUAAAUGAGCCAAGAACUGUGAGGAAGUGGUACUAACCACUGUGUCGCCUCAAGAAAAAGAGAGAAUAUUUUAAAAUACAACCAUUUGCAUACAAUUGUACAAGCCAUGACUAUUUUGUAUUAUACUAAGUUUUAGUGAAAUUACAUCAGUUUUCAGAAGAACAGAAGUUCUGAGUCUAAGGCGUGCAAUAUCUCUUGCAAUUUCCCAGUGGAGAAGUGCAGUAUAAUUGAUUGAAAUCUGAAUGGUGCCCUUUCUUUUUCCAGUAAUGCCCCAAGUGUAACUGCAUCAGCCCAUUAAGUGACAGAAACUGUUGAACUCUUUUAACAUUAUUAUACAUAUUUUACUUAUUUCAUAAGUGUUUGUUAAUAACUAUGUUGCAUUUUUGUAUUUUCUAUGCUGAUAUUUUGUAUUUAUUUUUUUGAUGAAACCAUCUUGAGAAUUAUCUUGCUAAUUGAGCCUUUACUAUUUAGCUACACGGACCACACUUGUAGUCAUUUUACCAGGCUUUGGAACAUCGUAGCCACAACGGUAUCUCAGGACUCAAUCAGGAUUUUAAAACAGUAACCUCAUCACAAGUGAUCUUUGCCUUUAUAUUACUUUUUGAAUACUGUAUUAUAUAGCCAGUGUAAAGUCAGUAAAUAGUCAGUGUGACAUUUUAGAAAAGAAAAAAAAAACAGAUUUUUAAGAUACCCAACCUAAAUGCUGACCUGUUGCUAAAUGCUAACCAGAAGAAUGUGGCACAUUCGACUGGUUACAUGCAAACUGGUGACAAAUUUCUAAAUGUAUUGUCUGAUUGUGUAUAAAUAACAUUGGUAAAGUGUGUUAGAAACUAGCAUCAAACUGUUUAAGACAAAUACUUGAGGACAAAACUUCAGCCAGCUAAAAUAAAAAAAUGUAUAAUGUGAAAAAAGUAAAAAAUUACAUGAAUGCAUGCAAAUUAAAGGGAACCCAUUUAACACAGCCUUCUGGGAAGUUAAACGAACUAUUGAAAAGCCAAAGUUUCAAUUGUUUUAAUUUCUGUGCACUGGGGCUACAGCAACAUCAAGCACUAAACAAGGAUCUAAGAGAAAAUGCUGCUAAUUAGGAGUCACUAUGGUGAGAACAGUGUUUAUAUUUCUGACUGUGUUAUUCUGGGUCAGCAAGUGAGGCUGCGUGUGUGAGAAUGUAUGAGUUUGUGUGUAAACAUGCAUUUCUUUCUUUUAGAUUAAUGGACAUGCAUGUUUUGUAUUUUACUUAGAAGUAUCUUAACACGUACAAAAGGGAUAAAACAGGUCGCAAGCACUGUACAUUGUCCUUUUGUCUAAUGUAUACCAUGUCAGAUGACUAAUUUGCAUGGUCAGUGGGAGCAGUAUGUUUUUAACAAUGUCUAAAUAUGUUUGCUAAUAUGCCUUGUACCAUUCUUUUCUGACUAAAGUGAAUGGUGCUAUAAAAUUAUGGAAGCCAGCAACGUUUCUAUUUACAAAAUAAAUAUUUUUUACUAAA